GUCACGAGGAACGGGUCUUAAGAUGGCCUACAUUAUCCGGCCUUAUCGGUGAGAGAGAGAGACAGAGACAGAGAGAGAAGCAGCGGUCGCGGUUCGACCAAGUAACACCGAAGGAGGAGGAGGGCAGAUCCACGUGGCGGGAGGAGCGGUCGAGAUAAUAGCCGGACAGGAAGAAAAAUGGGACAAGCGUGGUGCAAGGAGAAAACAUCCAAGGCGCAGGAUUCCAAGUCCCCUUUGGAUCGUGUCUUCGUACGUUGCGCCCACCGGAUCUAUCCCAGUUUGAAGGAGGAAGGAUCGGUGCUAGGUGGCGCCACGCAGAGGGUGACAAGCUCCGAAAUAGGGUACGCUGGUUCGCCGCCAAGGGAGGUUCUCACCAGGGGCAGGAGCAUAGAUUCCGUGGACAGGCCUUUUCAUCCGAGCGACUGGGUCGACGUGAACCUCGAAGUGCCGAGCACACCGAGGCCGAGCUCCGCGCUCACGAAUUUAACCGUCGACACGAGCCUCUAUCCGGCCACCACCACCACCCCGACGUCCAGCUGUUCAAAUUUGAAAGAUGUCACCCCGAUUCCCCCUCCAAGGCGCAGGAAGCGGAACAAGGGCAGGCCCUUGCCGCCAAAACCGGACGAAAUUACUGCGGAAAAUCCAGCGAACGGUCAAAAACGACCCGAGACAGGCGACGAACCGUUAUAUUCGUCCGUAAGAUCGCCAAAAAGCAGCGGGGAUGAACAAGACACGGAAGAAGAGGGGAAACUGGACAAACAUCGGUCGGAAGACGCGGAACGCGAUGGAAGAAGAAUGAAAGAGAUUUACGAACACAAGGUUAACGGGACCGGAAGGAUAAUAUCGAGCGACGUGGUUUCCGGCAAGAGGAUUUUCGAGAUCAACCAGCAGCAGCAACAGCAGCAGCAGCGUAAGGCUCAUGAGAACGAUGAGUACGAGAAAUUCGCGAGGAACCGGACAAGCAAGGACUCGUCGACUCCUAAUCGCGAGGAGAAGAAGAGGCCAAGGGAGGUCGAGAAGCAAAUGAAGGAUUUCUCGAGGGACGCAGAGGAAACGAGCAGUAACGCGAGGACUAAGAACUACAGCACCGUCAGUCUGCCGAAUUACGACGAGUUGGACGUGGCUAGGCAUCGUUCGAAGGGAAACGAGGACGGCCAUGAGCAGCAGGAGGACAAAACGAGGAGGUCCAGGAGACCCGUCAGAAGCAGCACCGGAUCCCUUCCGGCUGAAUCUUUCCUCUCGCCGUUUUCAGAGAAAACGAGCGUUAGAUUGGAAGACUACAUCCCGAGAUCUGCAAACCUCUCUUCGUACCAGGUCCUCGAGAAACUGGAAUGUGGGCCUAACGGUGUGGUUAAAGACAGCAUCGUGAAGUACGAUCCCAGUAAAUCGGACGACUGGGAGCUAGCUGACACUGAUGCUUGUGAAUUGAAUCAUCCAGGACGAUUCUCCUUUGAGGAUUUUCAGGAUAUUGCAACGAUCAGCGAGGACAAGAAGAUCCGUGAGGACGAGGAGGACGUCGUCGACUUCUCGAAUCCUCGAGAGGACGAAAGAGGAGGAGCCAGGUUGGAUCGAGAUGGCUCCAGAUCACCGAUCUACUUGCAGAAACCGGAGGCGUUUGGAAAAACACCAUCCCCGGUACUUGGCGAGCCGGAGUACACCGAAGUGGAUCCAAAUAGAUCUCACUUGAGGUAUUUCGAGCCACCAAAGUUGCCGGACACUUGCAACAUUUCGUCUGUCUGCGAGUCAACAGGGUCCAAGGAGCCGUUUUUCUUGGACGAGACGAAACAUCGUUCAGCUUUAGAUACGAUCGUGUUGUCCAGCGGCGAGAGGCCAGAGUCCGAUCGAUCCGACCAAUCGAGGAUGAUGUUCACCAGGAGUCUGUCGAACGAGAGCGAGCCAAACGAAGACGCGUACGAGUCCAAGGAUCUCCAUUGUCGCUCGUCCGGCCUGAUCAGAACCAUCUCCGAAGAGUCUCUACCGCGAGAGAUGCUGGAGGAGCAAGAACUGGACAAGUUGUUCGACGAGAAACUAGCUAAAGACGUGCACAACAAGCUGAAGAAGAGCAUGGACGACUGGAAGACGAACACACCGCCACCUAGUCCCGAGCCAAGGAUCAAAUCCGAGCUCCUGGACUCCGAUCACUCGACCUUGCUCAAAGUGCUGAAAGAAGAAGCUGCCGAAGAAAGUAACCUGAGCUCGAUGACUCCUAGCCUAACAGAGCUGGAAGCAGCUCUGUCCGAUAUGUUGGAGAAGGAGGAAUCGCACGAAGGAACCAGAGAGGAGAAUAAAUCUGGUGUAACGAUCGAGAAGCCCGAGUUCCACAAGCAUUCUGACGGUUCCAAGGAUCAAACGGGAGGAUCAAAGAUGAACGAUCAGAUUCUAGUCGAGCAGGAGUCUAACAGAGAGGUCCCUACGUGUUUGAAGCAGAUCCAGGAGGACAAGAAACCGGCUAAUAAAAGGAAAGUCUCGUUUUGCUCGUGGGAGGAGUCUGUAGCAGAGACAGAGGCAAGGAAUGUCCGAGAAUUCAUCGAGGACUCGAUGGAUUUGGAUAAGAAGGGUAUUCUUCGACUGGACGAGGACGGAGGAUUCGAGAACAUGGUCGUUUCCAUGGAUGUCCCACCGGAGAAACCGAGCAGGUUGAACAGGAGUCUAGAGGAUCUCAUGGAGAACACGGAAAUCGUUCCUACGCCACCUAGAAGGAGGAACAGGAGUGUCGGUGUGGCAAGGAAGGAGCCAGAAAUGGCGCAAAAUGGCACCGCCAUUACCGAGGCGCUCCCAAAUGAUAGACUCAUUUAAUUGUCGUUAGUGAUGAUGAUUGUUCAGGGUGUACUUAAAG